AUGCGACCGACGGACGUAACUCCAGCCAUUGCCAAGAGACUCCUUUUCACGAUAUACAGUCACUUGAAGAUCGCAGUCCCCGCAAGAUUCAAUGUGAACGAUCCGGUACGCGUCAGCAUGUUCAAAACGAUUUUCGAAAAGGGAUAUAAGCCUAACUGGACGACUGAGAUUUUUCGAAUCGCUAAGGUGCAACACACGAAUCCCGUGACGUAUCUGCUGAAAGACUAUCGUAAAGAGCCAAUAGCCGGAAGGUUUUACGAACACGAGUUACUGCGACUUUCCAAUAUCGAUAUCUAUCUCGUUGAGAAAGUGCUACGUAGAAAGAACGAUAGAGUUUUUGUCAAAUGGUUAGGAAUGGACAAUACACAUAACUCUUGGAUUCACAAAACAGCUGUAUUGUAA